ACCAAAGGAAAAUAAUUCUCCGGUAAGGGGUAACCGUCCGUGAAAUAAAUGGCAUCCGAUAAAACUUUUCUUCGCGAGAGGUUGAAAAAACAACAAGAACACAGUGCCUCGUUUUUCGUCCGUAGAUUUCAGUUGAAUGUUUACAUAAAUGGGAUAUUGCGCGAAACACGAGUGUGAAAAAAAAAUAGAUAAGAUCUUAUAUUGGUCAGGCCCAGGGAGUUACGCGACGCAUGCGCCGUGAAGUUAGUCGAUAGGCAUACAACUAGUGGCACAGUUCUCGGAGUCGACGUCGUUACACGUCUUAACCUCAAAAUAAAUAUUCGCUCUCCUUUUAUCACUUCGACACGUCGACGUAAAUCUCUCCUAAAAGUGCAGAGGAAAGAUUUUAUGGCUCGUCGUAUAGAAGAUUACGUACGUUUGGAAGAUGGGUCAUGGAUCAAGCCGUUCUGCUUCCUCUGCAAAUAUUCUAUCUGCAGAAGAAUUAACAUUAGUGGACAAUAUUUUUAAAUCAAUGUCCAGAAGUUCGGGUUCUAUAAAACGUGAAGAUAUUUUUAAACACUGGUCGAUGCACUUGGAUGACGUGCUUUUGCAAUUUGUUGUAAGAUUUCUUUGCCAUGAACCUGGCAAAAAAGUCUCAGCUAUAAAUGGAGAAAAUUUUGGUCGCUUAUAUGUUUUUGCAGUACGUGGAAGCGCGGAAGAACGUACUGAUCUGAUAUUUGAAGGAUUUUCAGAAGAAGAGCAGAAGUUUGAAAUACCUACUGCCACUUUUCUGCAAUAUAUUCAAGCUACUAUUAAUUCUUAUUUAAGGCUGCAGAAAAAUGCUGCUAAUUCGCAUUAUCUUUCAUGGAGUAGUAUUGGUUGUACUGUGAAUAAUAGACGUAUAAAUAUGCGUUCGCAAAGUCUGUGCGAAGAUAUUGUCAAAUAUGGUGAUGUGUUAACGGUUGAUCAAGUAGUUAAUUGGUUUGCGGCAGCUGCUACAUUUAAAACUAUUCAAUCACACGUUUUUCAGUGUCUUUUUCUAGUUUCUCAGAAAAAAGGAGAUAAAAAUACUAGUGCACGGAUUAAUGAUUUAAAUCUGUUACCUAUUUGUAAAGGUUUGGAAAAUAUUCCUCAUUUUCCAAGUAUUCUGGGGCUUGGUGACGUUUUGUUCCUAAAUCUAAGUUUACCUCACGAACUACGCAAAGAAUGGAGAUUCUUAUUUUCGAGUCAAGUGCAUGGAGAAUCAUUUUCCACCAUGCUAGGAAGAAUAACUAUGCAAGGUGCAACAAUUAUUAUAUUACAAGAUACCGAUGAUCAUGUGUUUGGUGGUUUUGCUCCAGAUAGUUGGAGAUUGGGACCAAAUUUUAUAGGAAAUCAAGGGUGCUUCCUAUUCAAACUAGAGCCAGAUAUUUUAACAUUUUCUUCUACAACUUACAAUAAUCAUUAUCAAUACUUGAAUCUUUACCAACAAACUAUGCCUAAUGGUUUGCUUAUGGGAGGACAAUUAAAUUAUCCAGGCUUAUGGUUAGAUUCUGAGUAUGGAACUGGUAAAUCGAGUAAAUCUUGCACAACGUUUCAAAAUUAUGUACAAUUAAGUGGCAAAGAGAAUUUUAAAAUAAAGCAUUGCGAAGUAUGGGGUGUUGGUCCAAUACCAGCUGUAGAAGAAGAUGUACGAGAAAACAAAUCUGUUUUAGAUCAAGAUCCUACAGCUAAAGUAAUGAUGGAACUUCAUGGACGUAAAAUGCAUAGCGAAGGUAUCAGGGACAAAAAAGACUAAUCACGCUUAAAUAUUUAAAGAUUACUCUAAGACUCAUAUUACUAUUAAUUAUAUUGUAUGGUCGUCAUUGAAAUUUUCAAUUCUAAUGGAAAUUAUUGAAAAUUAAGUCACUGAGAUUAUAUAUACAUGCAUAUAUAUAUAUAUAUAUAUAUAUAUAUAUAUAUAUAUAUACACACACAUAGAGAAGUCUGUGGAUAUACUUAAAAGUGAAAAAUAAAAUCUAAUAUAUUGAAUAUUUAGUUUUAUAAUUUACCGACGAAUAAUUUUAAUAGCGAAUUAAUUUAAGAGUGUUAAAAAGCAUCUACACGUUUUGUAGCACAUGAAACGUGUGUGUGUGUGUAUGCGUUAAUGAGUCAGAACUUCUUGUUAGUGCCAUCAGUUUAUGGAGAAUUUUAAUCGAUUAAAUUAAUUAUUAAAUUAAUUAGUAAAUUAAAGUAGUGAACGUUUUUUGUCUAUUACAUCUAUAUUAUAUAUUACCUACGUAUGAAUGUUCAAUCGAUAUAAUUAUUCAUAUAUUAUGUAUGUUACUAUGUUAGAUUAAUUUGUAUAUUUUUGUUGUUGUUAACUAUUUCAUUGAGUGUAUAACAAAGUAUCGUCAUCGGACGGCCUGAUCUCUUUUAAUAUAUGUAUAUACAAAUAUAAUUUAUUUCCUACACACACACAUAUAUAUAUGUAUAUAUUGUGUGUGUA